GGUCCUUGCUUGGCUUCCCCACUGAAAGGUAACUUUGCAUCGCAGCGUCGCAGAGGAAACAAUGCUACCCAGUGGCGUGGAGACUGCUCAUCUCACUCACACCUGCUGCUGAUCUGCUGAUAAACAACAGUUACUGAGGAGAAGGAAAUGGACCAUUGGGAUGAGUUCUUCUGCACCUUCUGGGAAUCUAGGAUUCAUUCCAUUAAGCUGGGAAAUUGAAAGGAACACAGAGCACUGAUAUAUUUAUUUGGAAGCAAAAAUGAACUGGGCAUCCUUUUAUGCCAUAAUAAGCGGUGUAAAUAGGCAUUCCACAGGCAUCGGUCGCAUCUGGCUUUCUGUCCUUUUCAUAUUCCGCAUCCUGGUGCUGGUAGUGGCUGCAGAGAGUGUGUGGGGUGAUGAGAAGUCAGGCUUCACCUGCAACACCCAGCAGCCUGGCUGCAACAGCGUCUGUUACGACCAGUUCUUUCCCAUUUCUCAUGUCCGACUGUGGGCCCUGCAGCUCAUCCUUGUGUCGACCCCUGCCUUGUUGGUGGCCAUGCAUGUGGCACAUCGUCGGCAUGUCGACAGGAAAAUCCUCAAGAUGUCUGGACGGGGUAGCCCUAAAGAUCUGGAGCAAAUCAAGAGCCAGAAGUUUAAGAUUGCUGGGGCACUGUGGUGGACCUAUAUGGUCAGCAUUAUCUUCCGCAUUGUCUUUGAAGCAGCUUUCAUGUACAUCUUCUACAUGAUCUACCCCGGCUACAAGAUGAUCCGGCUGGUGAAAUGCGACUCAUACCCUUGCCCCAACACAGUGGACUGCUUUGUCUCCAGGCCCACCGAGAAGACUAUUUUCACUGUCUUCAUGCUGGCUGUAUCAGGAAUCUGCAUCCUUCUCAACAUUGCCGAAGUGGUGUACCUGGUGGGCCGUGCCUGCAUCAGGCAUUUCCAGGGCUCCGAAGCAAAUCCCAAAGGAGCUUGGAUUGCCCAAAAACUCUCCUCCUAUAAGCAGAACGAAAUCAAUCAGCUCAUCUCAGAACAUUCCUUCAGGCCCAAAUUCAAAGAGAUCCGAAAGAACCCCGUGGACAAAGGGGAGAGGUGUUCAGCUUUUUAGACACACACACACACACACACACACACACUGCUGUGUACAGCCCAUGCAACUAAUUAGCUUUAACAAGCUGUUUGCAUAGGUCUCUACUGGACACAGCAAUAAUCUCAUUCAUCUCACUGACAGCAGCACAGGUGCUACUGACAUACCAAACUAUGCUGUGGAGCACAUUUAUUGCUACAAAGGACCAACACUCACUUGUCUGAUGCUCAGAAUGAGGGUCGAGAGACAAAGAAAAACUUGUACUGAAAGCACCAUAAAAAGUAAUAAAAUGCAUGGCUGAAAUGAGAUGCAUGCGGAAAGGACAGUUUACCCUGACAAGUGAUCUACUAAUGCCUAUAUAAGACUUUUGAAAAGGACUAUUGUGACUCACAAAAUUUACUGGCUGGAGAAAGUUAAAUAUUCCAUUAUGAAGAAUUUCAAGGAGGAUUUACAGCACUGAUCACAAGUUUCUGUGGAAAUUAAAAAGGGUGUUUUUAUGAAUGUAUAACUUUGUGGGAAUUAUCCAAAGGAAUGCUUCAUCAAAACUCAAAUUAUGGACAUAAAACUACUUUUCAUUAAUAAAAAUUCUUUGACAUUUGCACUUACAGGAGUCUAGGAAAACAUCAGGAACAGGAAUGUGCUGGUCAGAUUUUCUCAGGUUUCUAUCCAAAGCAACAGCAUAAAAUCAAAAGGUCUCAUCUCUAAUUUUACAUUAUUGUUUUUUAACCCUGCACAUGUAUAACUAAGAAUUGCAGCCAUUAUGAAAGAAGUUCCAUACAUAACUGGAAUCACAUUUAACUUCUGGGAUUUUUAAAAAUACUGUGCAAUAUAUGGAAAGAACUUGCAGGAAAAUAAUUUUCUCUCUAUGGCUGUCUUCUAAAACCAAAAAUGCCCAGCUUUGUCUACUCUAUAGUCAAGACUAGUUCUUUAUCAUUCUGACAACCAAAGCUAAUUAAA